GAUGUUUAUUUUGUAACAAGCGCCGUGCUCAAUCAUUUUAGACAUGUCGGACGUCCGAUGAAGACGUUAAAAUUUUUUAAGUCAUUCUGAUAUACUAACCAUGUUUUCCCGAGCCGCAAAAUCAGUCGUGAACUCCCUUGGAUCACGCCGGAUUCACAUUAGCGAAAAGAAUUUCACAAAGAUUACUCUAAUUGCCGGCGCUGGAAAAAUCAGUCACAACCUAUCCCAGUUAUUAAGAAAUAGUGCAAAAUUGAAUGCCCUAGCGUUAUACGAUGUGGCAGCUGUCAAUAGACCUUUGCCGAAUUACAAUUUCUAUGAUGAACAGUCAUUAAAACCUAUCCCAUUAGAAAUGUUAACAAUGGAGAAGAAAUCUUGUUCGGGCGAAGAUAGUCAUUCAAAUGCAGCAAUUAAUAAUGCGACACAAGCAGACAAUAAUAAUCAUCAAGGAAAUAAUGGAAAGAGUCAGACAGAGAAACUUGUAGAAGCUCUUUAUCGUUUACCAAUAGCUGAAGAAGCUCCAGCAUUUAACAAUCCAUUGAUAUCUAUUGAGGAAUUAAUGCCAAAGUUACAAUCAAAAGAAGAAAAUUCUGCUAGGUUGAAAACUGCUAGGUUUCGAGAAUCUGGAAUAACAGCCGAAGCAGUCAAGAAGUUAAUGUUCGUACAAAUGAAUGGUUUCCUGAAAAAUCUACCGAGAACCUUCUUUGACACCGAGAUCUUUGGAACAGGAGGAUUAGGAUUUAAUCGAUGGAACCAUAAAAUCUGUUCAAUGAAUAUGCUCAACUCAUGCUUGACUUGCAUAAGAGAUUUUAGUUCCUGCAAGAACGAGCCUGGAAACAUCCUUUUAAGGCAUAAAGCAUUCGGUUCGAUUCACGAAAAAUUAAGAAAACCAUUUUUAAAGCGUUCGUUCAUGACAAAAUGUAAACUACCGCUUCCAAGUAAACCAGCGUCAACAAUGUCAGUCUACUAUUCGACGGCCCUGCCCUUUAGUCUACCAUCUUUCAAAUCGUAUUCAUUUAAUAAGAAAUAUGUUCUACCAUCGCUGCCUUGUCAUCACGAAUCAAUCAAUUUGCUACGCUUCGAUUUAUAUCUUAAAUUCGUCAAGAAGCCGCCAUUUCCAAAAAUUCAUCGUGAAAAAGAUUCACGAUUUCUGGAACAUCCGAAAACCUUAAAGUCAUUAACACCUUCUAAGUGUCUCAAAUAUCUAUUAAAGCGAAAACUUCUACCUCCGAGAUUUUGCAAACAAUAUUCUUCAUCACCUCCUACGUCUUACUUAUCUUGUCGCCACUCGCUUUCGCAAGAUGUUUCCAAACGUAUGCAGAAAGCAUUCAAGAGGCUUUCAAAAUUACAGGGAAGCAAAACACCUAAGACGUUCAUUCAUCGCGAUCCCAUUUUCUUGCAUAGCGUUCACCGACGAGGAUUUCACAGCUCUUUGUUCCCGCUCGCCAAAUCAGACUCCACCAAGCCUCCCGCUUGCGAGAAGAUGGAUAAAAUUUGCAAGACCGAGGUGACCGAGGUGAAGAAGACCGAUGAGUGCGGUCGACCUUGCAAGAGAAAGAGCGACAUUUGCAGCGAAAAGAGGGUCAAGUGCGAUAAGUCGCAGCGAAACAACGAGAAGGCGAAACAAACACCGAAGACAGAAAAUAAAAUCGUGGAUCCCGAGUGCAAGAAGACUUGCCUGCCGAUAGGCAAAUGCGUACUGCCGCACCUUGUCCCACCGCCGAAGAUGGAGUACGCGAAGGUAACGUGUCCCCCGUUGAAGUUCGUGAAACCUAACCUGUGUCCGUUGAUAUCCUUCCCGAAGGAUGAUAAAUCUCACGCGGAGAUUAAACAGACCGUCACUCGAAAGAAGCAAAUAUGUGCUCCGCCACCGCUGCCGAAGCCACCGUACGCACCUAUCGUGCUCUGUCCCUGUCCACCACCGCGCAAAGUACACCCCGGUGCGUGUCCGUGCUAUGAGGCGAAGGUGGUCGCUAAGCGAGCCUCGAAUCAACCGUGUCCGAAGAAGAAAAAAUACCCCUGCCCCACUGGCGUGCACCUUUGUCCUCCGCAGGUGAAGCCGUGCAAUCUAAAACGGGAGACUAGCUGUGAACGUAGGAAGGGGAAGAAGGCAUCGGCAUCUUGAAGAAUCGCACAAGAAAUAUGGAGCACAACAUUGGUUAUUAUUUUUUGGUUACAUUAUAGUCUAGAAAAAUUUUUAACAGAAAAGUUAAUCUAUACAUUGAAGGAGUUUCAAAUGCCAAAUAAUUAAAAAAAAUUGAAUAUUGUUUUGAAUUAUUUUACGAGAAUAAUUAUUUUACGUACAAAAUGUCGAUCUAUACAUGUAAAUUGCUUUUUGUCAAAGAUGUCGGUAUUUCCAUGAAAUAAUGACUGAUUAUUGUUCAACUAUGUAUGGACAUUGUGCGAAUUUUGUUUUUAUCAAGUAAUGGAAUGGUAAAAGGAACCGGUUUUAUAGAAAAAUCUUAAGGCGAAAAUGAGCAUAAAUGUGCGCAACCGUGAUUUCUGCGAGAUCUAUGAAAUUAGAGAUUCGGUCUCCUGGAUCGAUAAUUGUCAACAUUUAAGGCCGACUCGUUCAUCUUCCGUCAGCUCUGCGAUUAAUAGUGUAUCCAUUUCUCCGUUCAAUAAUUUUAUUUUAUCUUACUUGUAAUUUUUUUUUUUCAAGGAAGCACCACUGAUCGCGAGAGUUUAGUGCAAGGUGAAUAAACCGGCUGUCGAUGCAUGUUGCUUGUCGCGUGACUAACGGAUUAUCUAUUCUAAAAUUAUAUAUGCUGAUAAUGCUAAUGCGUGUGCAUGUUUCAGCGUAACAUAGAAAGAUUAUAACUAUAAAUGUUAGCUGCAAUUCAAUAAAUGUGUGUAAUAUUUAUGGAAAAAUUAACUUAAAAAUAUAAACAUCGUGCAAUAACGUCCACAUGUUAUAAAAUAAAUUUGUCGUGGACGAUUUGAAAAUUGUUGUACAUAAAAUUUUAAUUUACACAUUUUUUAUGAAUUAUAUCAGCAUAAAAAAUGAUUAAUUUAAACGAUUAAUUUAAUUAAAAGAGUUAAAAGAAAGAUUUCUUUUGUUACUUUGAGUAGAAGUUUGUUGGUCAUGCGGCAUCCGAUGUGCAUUUUAUUAAUUUUUUUUAAAGAAAAGUUCAAGUCUAAAUUUAAAUAGAUCUCGCAGCUAAUUAUACAAGCGAAAUAUAUUGUUUACCCUUUGCACGCAUUCCACGGAUUAACAUCCUAAUGCUCUUGCGGAAAAGCGGAUAAAUAUAGCCGACUAAUCGAUACGAAUGAAUCUGCCAUUAAAUUUAUGGAACGAGCUUGAGAAUUAGAUUUAUAUCUUUUUCUAUUAUUCAGUAUUUUUUUUAACAUAAAACAUAGAUGUACAAGAUGAUAAAUGCUAGUGAAUAGUUAAAAAAAAUAUUUGUCAAUAAAAUUGAAUUAGACUCAAAUCUUUUUCUGUUAUUUAGUUUCUCUCAUAUAAAACGUAUACAAGCUGAUAAAUGCUUAUGGAAGAAUUAAAAAAAAAUGUUUAUCGAUGAAAUUGAAACAAAUUUGUAAUAUAGAGACAGGCUUUUAGAGUUUAUACAUUAUAUACAUGUAGAAACACUUCAACUGCACGUUUAUCGAUCGAUUAUGUAUUCCCAUUUCAUCAGCAACCCACAUUUUGUAAAUAAAAUCUUGUCUAUUAAUAUUAUUUAA